AUGAAUUUAGGGAAUUGGGAAACGAGCGGGUUAGGGUACGCAACAGUUGAGAGUCUAUUAGAAGACGUCUCGAAUCAGAUGGCAAUGUCAAAUCUAUCACGACUCUCUCGACCAUCGAGUACAUAUUCGCAAAGGACAAGCGGCUCCAUGCGUGUCGUCAAACCAAGCAGCGCCAGCAACAGUCCUCGAGGAUCCAUGGGUGCGGGCAAAAGGAGAACUGUGGUGUCCGAUGGACCUUAUCGACGAAAGGCUACCUUUAAUGACCAACACACUGCCACCUCCAUGUCUGCUGGAUUCGUCUCGAACGAAGCUCUUCAAGUUCCAGCACGAACGAAUAGGCCGGUCAGCUGGCAUCCCUCCUCGCAACAACCGCCGCAAGUUCCCUCUCAGUCUUUUUAUCCACCCACGACAUACAAUUACAGUCACCAGCAAUACCAAUAUCCUUCAUACACUCCAGAGGUCUAUUCAUCAUACAACUCUCCCAGCAUGAACUAUGGCCCAGCUACAGUACCUCUUAGCUCUUAUGAGCAGCAAUAUCUUCAGGGAAAUUCUGGUGCAUAUUUCCAAAACAGUUAUCUUUUUUCUCAGCAGCCCAUGUCGACUGAGGAGCGGCCAUCACAAUACACACCUCAGCCAGAACCAAGCUUGGAAUCGAUGGUAUAUUCUCAACAUGAUUGGGAUUCUUUCUCCGCCUCCAACUUUCAGUCAACCACGGCACCACCCACACCCGAAAAUUUCCUACCUAUUCAGCACCCCGAACCCGCUAUGGAGUCUAUCCCGUAUCAACCUCUCUCUGAUGAUGAAGACAGCGGGGAAGAACUACUCGGCCUAGGAUUAUACGAUACACCAAAGUCACCAGAGGCCGACCCACAGUUGGAUAACUACAAAUCACUUCUGAUGAAUACCUUUGUUGGCCACCCAUAUCAAGGGCCAGAAGUCCUACCUUCGAAUGGGAAAGGUUUGAAGCUUGAGGAGGGCUGGACUCCACCUAGCGACGAUGGUGAGGAAGACGGCGAGGGUUCAGACGAGGAUGAUGAUACCGCCCCGGUGGCUGUAGCGUCACAUGAUCAUCAGAAUUAUGGUGGCAAUUGGGUAUAG